AUGGAGGACUACAGACAUCAGGGACAACAUGGAGGACUACAGACAUCAGGGACAACAUGGAGGACUACAGACAUCAGGGACAACAUGGAGGACUACAGACAUCAGGGACAACAUGGAGGACUACAGACAUCAGGGACAACAUGGAGGACUACAGACAUCAGGGACAACAUGAGGACUACAGACAUCAGGGACAACAUGGAGGACUACAGACAUCAGGGACAACAUGGAGGACUACAGACAUCAGGGACAACAUGGAGGACUACAGACAUCAGGGACAACAUGGAGGACUACAGACAUCAGGGACAACAUGAGGCUACACACAUCAGGGACAACAUGAGGACUACAGACAUCAGGGACAACAUGAGACUACAGACAUCAGGGACAACAUGGAGGACUACAGACAUCAGGGACAACAUGGAGGACUACAGACAUCAGGGACAACAUGAGGACUACAGACAUCAGGGACAACAUGAGACUACAGACAUCAGGGACAACAUGGAGGACUACAGACAUCAGGGACAACAUGGAGCACUACAGACAUCAGGGACAACAUGGAGGACUACAGACAUCAGGGACAACAUGGAGGACUACAGACAUCAGGGACAACAUGGAGGACUACAGACAUCAGGGACAACAUGGAGGACUACAGACAUCAGGGACAACAUGGAGGACUACAGACAUCAGGGACAACAUGGAGGACUACAGACAUCAGGGACAACAUGGAGGACUACAGACAUCAGGGACAACAUGGAGGACUACAGACAUCAGGGACAACAUGGAGGACUACAGACAUCAGGGACAACAUGGAGGACUACAGACAUCAGGGACAACAUGGAGGACUACAGACAUCAGGGACAACAUGGAGGACUACAGACAUCAGGGACAAACAUGAGGACUACAGACAUCAGGGACAACAUGAGGACUACAGACAUCAGGGACAACAUGAGGACUACAGACAUCAGGGACAACAUGAGGACUACAGACAUCAGGGACAACAUGGAGGACUACAGACAUCAGGGACAACAUGGAGGACUACAGACAUCAGGGACAACAUGA